AUGAUCUCUCAGAGGACCAGUGUUCCAUUCUCCGCGGUCUCGCUGUCAACAGAUGAUGUCUUCAUCAGUCGAGAGACGCUGAGGGACAUGAUGCGUCCUUCUGGUCCCUUCAACUUGUUUGGACAACAACUGGGUGCCGCCGCACCGAUCAGCUCUCGACCCACGAGGGCGUCAUCGUCUUCGUGGGCAUCAGUCUCCCCCGAGCACCUUGGGCAAAUGGCUCCGUCUGGGCUUGUUCGGGAAAUGAGAGUCAAUCGGAGAGUAGGUCUGAUCGACCGUCCUCAACCAGUAGAAAUGCGACGCGUCUGGGGUGCGGUUGAUCUCUCUCAUGGUACUCUCCAAUCCGCCCCUGCGAAUUUAGGGGUAGCCACUGGACAGCAUCAGACCUUGUUGGAUCCGCUGAGGGUCCAGGCCAGAUUGGGGAAGCGCAAAGCGCUCAGAAGACUGAGCAGGCCAAAUUCCGCCGGGGACAUGACGAUCGGCGGCGUCAAGAAAGCGCGUCAAAGUGGGCACCUUCUGGGCGAACGGCUGGCCAGAGAAUACCAGACGACGAGCCAUGCAUUUGUCUUAUCGGACCCCCUCAACAUCGUCUUGGGCCAAGGCUCCAAUAUCUGUCCUUCGACCAGCGGUUCAGCGACUCUAUCAGAGAGUCACUCCUCAUCCCCGGCAGACGUACCCCCUUCUCCAUUGCUCCCUUCAAUUCCACAUUUCGAUCCUAUCAUCUGGGGCGACGAAAGGGAGGUUUCAAAUCCCCCAGAUGACCUCUCUCGGGUUCACAGCGAGGAACUCCCACCAGCUGAUGUCGCCUCGCCCUCGAUGACAGGGUUUAAAGCAUUGCGACCGUCGAUUGGCCUGCUUUGCGAGGGCCAGAUCAGUGAGGACGAGCGAGUCUCUAGGAUGAAGAACUGCAGACUGGACUCCGGACUUGGCUUAGGUAUCUUCCUGGAGGACAAUUGA